AUGGUCUUGUAUCUGCAGAAAAAUUUAGAAAUUAGAAAAAUGUCUUCUCAACAACAGUGCCAAAAUACUAAUGAUCAACAACAACCACAACAAUUUACUUCUCCUUCCACAACAUCUCCACCUUUUUCAACAGCAACAACAAAUUCUAGUCUGGAGCAGCAAUUACUUCUACUUGCAGUACAGGAGCGUCUAGCCCAGUCAUUUUCAUCUUCAACAAUAUUCCAACAACCAUCAACAACAACAACCACCCCAAACCAACACCACCAACAAUUACCUCCUCCCUCUUUAAGCCCUUCUUCUUCCCUUUCUAUUUGGCAACAAUUAACAACAGCUUUAUGUCAAUUACCCAACGAUGCCCAUUCAAUUUUAAAUGCUGUAGCAAAUAUUAGUCCAAAUUCUUUGGAUACUUUAACUGCUGCUUUAAUUGCACAACAACAACAACAAACAACAACAAAUCCAAUCUCUUCACUUCCUUUAGAAAGUAUUUUGUUGCAAGCUGCUGCAAGUGCUGCUGCUCUUCCUCUUUCUCCUAGCCAUCCAUUAUAUCAACAAGGAAUUUGUUUGUGGUCUCAAUGCAAUCAGAAAUUCGAUUCACUCGAAGCUUUCCUCAUCCACUUAACUCAAUCUCACGUUCAAGACGAAAAUUCUGUUCGUCAAUGUCGAGCCCAAAUCGAGCUUGUAGACAAUUUAGAAAGGAAAUUAACAAACGAACGUUCUCGACUUCAAGCAAUGAUUACACAUUUUCAACAAGUACAGGAAACACAACAACAACAACAAACUUGUUCUUCCCAUUCUUCUCUUUCUUCUUCUACUACUGCAACAACAACAACAAGUAUUUCAACACAACAAACAAAUAGUAAAAGAGAAAAUAAUUUAGAACAAGAAUAUCAACAACAACAACAAAACAUUCUAAAUUCAAUUACUCAACAAAAAAUUUAUGAAGAACAUCUUAAUCAACAACAAUUACUUCAGCAUUUGCCAUCAACAGAAGGAUUACAAUUAAAGGAGAAUCUACUUAAUUCAUUAGAAGAUUCUCAAAAACUUUCUUCAUCACCUCAUCAAUUUACUUCUCAUAAAUUACCUUCCUCCUCCUCUUCAUCAUCAUCUACAUCAAUUCCUCAACAAUCGGCAGCUACAGCCUUAGCAGUACUUUUAGCAUCCUCAAUUAAAGAAGAACAGCAACAACAACCUCCUUUACCUUCACAAACAUCCCAAUCUAAUAAUAACUUUUUUACAUCAACAAAUACUUCAACAACACCUUUUUCAGCACUUUUAAAUGCUGCAGCAGCAAAUAAUAAUUCUGUUAAUAAUACACAACAAAUUCAACAAACUGUGGGUCGGUUAAAAAAUUUUUUGUUGAUUAAUAAUAUUAUUUUUUUGAAUGGGAUAAGGAACUUAGAAAAAAAAGUUUUUUGGUAUUUUAACUUCCACUUUUACAUUCAAAAAUUCUUUGAAUCUGUGUCGAUUAGAGAUCGGUCUGGAUUUGGAUUUUUCCUGGAUCCAGAGUCCAGAUCUAGGAUUUUUGAAAAUAACGAUCUCUAG